AUGGCGGACCACUUCCUGGAGGCGCGGAGCCAGCCUAAUCUGGCCAAUUUCAGGAAGAAGGCCAAGGAAGCCUUAGAUUCCCUGAACGAAGAUGUGCAUGGCAGCAAACCCGCUCUAAAAAUAAAAUGUUUCUUGUGUGGGAAUAUUCAUGGAGCGAAAGACUCGACCGAACAAACCCUGAAAAAGGUGUCUGAUGCGGAAGAUGAAAUCGUCGCUGCCGUCGACGGUAGUAUGCCGAGUAGGUUAAACCAACUUAGUAACAGUGGGAGUGCCAGGGAACGGGGGGACCUGCGGCUCUCGCAGUGGAGUGAUCCCGACGCCAAGGCGCGCUUGAAAAGCAGGGCAACCACUCACGAGCAGUACCUGGAGAAGGAAAAGCUGCUGCAGCAGGUCUUCGACAUGAAGAAGCCGGUGUACCCCAAGCCCCGCAGAGUGCUUUACCCGAGGCCGCGCCCCAAAAAGAGGGACCCUGAGGCCCAAACAGUGGUUUGGCCACUGGGCACGACUAGGGUGCCUCAAUGACCUUCUGUUUAGGGUGAUGCCAUCGUUUGUAGCACCCUAGGCACGACCGAUAACUACCCCGUGCCGGAGAUAGAUCCUCACGACAGCGUCCCGACCGAGUUCAUCAAGGGCUACAGCCUGGCAGGAGCCGACCCUGCCGUCUCGCCCGGAGAUGACACCAUAGGAAAUGGAAAGGCCAAGAGGAAGUGUCAGGAUGGACGGCAGGAGUUCAUUGAAAGGCAAGUGGACCGGGAACAAAUGAUCGAGGAAAAAUACCUGCAGCUUGAGGAGCGAAGGCUCAAGCUCCACGAAGAGCGGCUGGCCUUUGAGAGGACCAAGUUUGAAGCAGAGGUGGCGGUCAAGGUCAGAAGGCUAGACAUGGAGGAGAAGGAGCGCCGGAUGCGCGACGGCACAGACAAGAUGCACCUGGAGCUCAUGAAGAAGAUGUUCGACGAACUGGUCCGGAAGGCACUGUGAUCGAGAACUGCCAGGAAAUUCUUCGUCGCGUAUGAAGUGCUUUGGUACGAUGGUGGGCAUUAUCACCGAGCGUUAGAA